CGCCGGGCGCGAGGCAUGCCGGGAGUUGAAGUCUCCUCGGUCUGAGGACUUGGGAGAGAGGCUGAGAACAACAAACAACAGGUAGACGCCGCUUCCCGCCCUGGGCGCCGGUCACGUGACUUUUCGGUUGGCAGCCGAACAGGAGAACUGAAGGAGGAGAGGAAGGCGGCAGGAGGAGGGUUUGGGCGGCCGCGAGGGAGUCUGCGAAGGAAGGAAGGAAGAUAACUGAAGUAAAAGUGAACAUGCAAGAAGCUUAAACUCUACCGUCAAUAAGUGGCAACUUUUAAAAGUUUUGAAUGAAGGAUGGCUACUCCAUAUGUUCCUGUUCCGAUUCCUAUAGGAAGUUCAAGUAGUUUUACCACAAUUAGAAACCAAAGAAGAUCAUCUCUUGGGAGUCUUUCAACCUGUUCAGAUUCUUCAAAGGGACAGCUAGAGGAUUCUUCUAAUGGUAGUUUUAAAAAGAUGAGUGUCCCCGAUGAGAUUGGUGCCACUUCAUCUCCUUGUAAUAGCCCACUUGUAAGGACUAAAUUUAUAGGUAUGAACACAUCUAUGGAAUACUGCAUACAGCCAUCAGAAGAUAGUGAGCAAAAUAUAGACACUAGGAACUGGGAAGAUCGACCUGCCACUCCCACGAUACUAGGUUAUGAGGUGAUGGAAGAAAGGGCAAAAUUCACUGUUUAUAAAAUCCUUGUUAAGAGAAAUCCAGAGGAAAACUGGGUAGUCUUCAGAAGGUAUACAGACUUCUCCAGGCUAAAUGACAAGCUGAAAGAGAUGUUUCCUGGUUUUCGGUUGGCACUUCCACCAAAGCGCUGGUUCAAGGAUAAUUACAAUCCAGACUUUUUGGAAGAUAGGCAGUUGGGACUGCAAGCAUUCCUACAGAAUUUAAUAGCUCACAAAGACAUUGCUAAUUGCCUUGCAGUCAGGGAGUUUCUCUGCUUGGAUGAUCCUCCUGGACCAUUUGAUAGCCUUGAAGAGAGCAGAGCUUUUUGUGAGACAUUAGAGGAAACAAAUUACCGUCUGCAAAAGGAACUCAUUGAAAAGCAGAAAGAAGUGGAAGCUUUGAAAAAAAUAUUAAAUGAAAAAGAGGUUUAUAUACAUGCUAUGGAGAAAAGGAUUGGGAAUUUAAAUUUAGGAGACACGAAAUCUCAUACUUUGUCAGGACAGGAGAGUGAGAGCAGUGGAGAAGUAGAAUCAUCUGCAAUAGAGGCAGAUCAAGAAGCCUUGGAAGGAGACAACCGGUUUACUGGAAGAAGAACACCCUGAAGUCUGGGAAAUUUUAAAGAAGCUGUAGAAAGGAGGAACAGAAACCCAAAAGAAGCAUUACUGUUUGAGAGAACAAGGAAAUCAAUUGUGCAUUACCUCUGCAGACAUGCAUUAAAUGGUGCCUUUAUUUGCUUCCCAGAACAAUUAUCUGAAGACAGAAAACAUUUAUUAUCAAAACACUGGUGCAUUGUUGGAGUUAGAUUUAUGACCUGGUUUUACAGUAUUAUCAUUACUUUUAAAAAUGUGUGUGUGUCAGAAUGACUUAGUUUUGAACUUAUGUCUAAAAAUGUUUAUGCAGAAAUUUUGAUUCCUUUUUGAUCCUGUGAAUUAUGUGUAACCUUAGAAUCAGAGUUGAAAAAGUUCCACUGCUGAACAGCCUCCACCACACUCUGGGGCAGAGAGUUCCACUCCUGAACAGCUCUUACAGUUAGGAAGUUCUUCCUACUGUCCAGGUGGACUCUACUUCCCUGUAGUUUGAAGCCAAUGUUCCACAUCCUAGUCUCCAGGGCAGCAGAAAACAAGUUUGCUCCCUCCUCCCUAUGACUUCUCCUCACAUAUUUAUACAUGGCCCUCAUCAUGUCCCCUCUCAGCCUUCUCUUCUUCAGGCCCAGCUCUUUAAGCCGCUCCUCAUAGGGCUUAUUCUCCAGACUCUUGGUCAUUUUUGUCGCCCUCCUCUGGACACAUUCCAGCUUGUCAACAUCUCCCUUCAGUUGUGGUGCCCAUAAUUGGACACAGUGUGAUUUCAGGUGUGGUCUGACCAAGGCAGAAUAGACAGGUAGCAUGACUACAUUUUUUCUAGUUCUCACUCAUGAGUUGAAGAAAAGAUGUCAAGAUUAUUUUAUGCACUAUGUUUGUGGCACCUUCAACACAUUUUUAUAUCUUAAACUUUUGUAAUCCAUAGUCCACUUCCAUUGGUUUAUGUAAUAAACUAACUUCUUAAUGGCUCAUGGUGAUAUACAGACAUGCUUAUAUGGAAUUCUAAUCAAUCUCAAUGACUGAGCAUUUGGAAAAAGUGAGUGCUAAUUCUGCAGUCACUAAAAUGUAAUACGAAGCAUGUCUUGCUUUUCUGGACAAAUACUCCAGUGCUAAGAACAAAUGCAGACUGACAUCCAUUCAUGUGGUUUUGGUUGCAUUUGGCCACAAUCAUGGAGAUGGCUUUCUCCAAUUUUAGGAUCUAUUUUGCAGAAUUCCAUAGAAGCUGAAAAUUAUUUAUGAUGAUAGACAUAUCACAAAUGGAUGGAACUUUGAAGUUGCAAGAAAGAGAAAAUUAGCAUCAUUAGUCAUGCAAAAGUUUAUCCAUGGUAUCACAAUUGGUACAUUUUUCGUUAAGGAAUCUGAAAUCUUUUGCUACUGGUUGCUUAUCAUAUAACAUUGGAGCUAUCACUCUAUAUUAGGAUUUUUCCACUACCGAUUUCUGGAGACUGGCAAUUGUAUUGUAGUUAAAUGCCUGCCAGUGGAACUAAGGUAAUUACAUGGAAUUGAUUAGUACACCAUGUUGCUGUUGUAUCUUGCAUGCUAUUUAUUAUACCUGCCAGCAAUCAUACAUUCCAGUAUUUCCUGAUGUUGAUUUUCCCCCUUCCAUAUCUGCUAAUGAUUCAAAGUGUUCUCCUCCUAGCUACAUAUAUACUUUCUGAGUAAAAAUCAGCACAACAGAACAUUUGGCUUGAUUUGAAACUUACCCGGAUCUACAGUCUGGCAGUUGCAUUUUCUAUGUAUUGCAAAAUUAGAUUCCAAAGCCACUUGAAUCAAGAUUCUGCCAUAAAAUAUGGAGAGAGUAAAACUGGUGGUGGUUGAUCAUUCCCAGUAGUGCUUAGUUAUGCUUGCUCUUU